AUGAGUGAAAAACAUGUCCCUCAAAACGUACUCAAGCAACCAGAUUUCCACCUUGCGAAUUGGAAAAGGGCAUCUGUAAGUGAAGGGGGCUUUGCCUCAAGCCUGCACGACUCCGAAGAGUCUGACUCUGAAAGCCUCGUUCAGGAGAGACAGUAUCAGUUAGACCUCCAGCAGCGGAUUCGUGAAAAUGAAGAGCUUGUAGGACUCUAUUCUGAUGAGCUGGAGAAUGACAGCUUAGAAGAAGAUAGCUCGGAAGAGAUGAGUUUAAAAGAACAAGAAGGAGCUGAGUAUGACACAAAUCGAUACACAAAUGGAAUACUAAAGAAUGAUGGUAACGGAAGGAAACAACAGCCUGUGGACAAAUAUUUCAACCUAAGAUACAAUCCUAAUUGGAAGAACACAAAAGAGGUAGCAGAAUUUUCCGAGGUGGAAAAAGCAUGUCAAGUUGCUGGAAGAAGCAGUGUGGACUUUUCCCAAGAUUCAUUUUACCUCCAUUCCAAUGGCUCCCCAGAAGAAAAGAAUCAACACGAGGCAAAGUCACGAGAUUCAUUCUCAGAGUCUGGUACAGAAUCACUAAGCUUUCAUGAACCAAAUGCCGUGGUCAGCAAUGAACCUUUUGGGCUGCAUACCAAAGGGAAGGAAUCUGCAGAUAGCUGUCAUUUCAAAGAUAGCCCCAGCACAGAUGGCAGUGCUUUUCCUCUUCAGAGUCAAGAAGAUCGACCACAAAGAGCAAAAAAAGACUUUGUGGAAAAAAAUAAACAGACUUUAGGAUUACGUUCAGAGAAGAUAAAUUCCUAUCUUCAAUUACACAGUAAAAAGCAAGAAGUUGUUCUUCAAGAGCAG